AUGAUCAAUCCGAAUACGGUGAGACUAAAUGAUGCAGAACUACCCAAUGUCAUGGGAGACUAUUCUUCUGAGAAUUUCCUCUAUGAUGCUGCUGGGCGCCUCCUUGUUGCUCGCCUAAAUUGUUCUGGCCAACAAUUGAAUAUCGCGUGUGUAUAUGUCCCAGCUGAUAGCACUGAGCGCUCUGCUUGGCUGGAAAACACAACAGAUCUCUUGGUCUCGCUUGAGGGUCGCCUCCUAUGUGACAUAGUAGGUGGCGACUGGAAUAUGGUUACACAUAUCCAGGACCACACCUCGACCAGAAGACCUAAUCUCCAAGAAAGGCAUCGUUUGUUAACGUUCCUCUCCUAUCUAAAUGACGAAACUGACCUCAUAGAUGGCUACCGGGAACACUUCCCGGAUUCUAUUAUGUACACCCAUACGGGUCCAAAUAGCGCUGCCCGUCUUGACCGAAUCUACGUAACGCCUGCUAUUUCCUACCGCAGCUGCGAGUGGGAUACCCACGUGUUGCCAAAAUCCCUCAAUCUUGACCACCUCAUGGUUACAGCCAGAAUCAAGCCUUAUAGCCCCACUAAGCGCGGCCCUGGCCGAUUCCGGUUUAAAUGCAACCUCUUGAAGUCGCAACCUGUACAGGCACGCCUAACCGUGCUUGUAAACAAACUAAAGGAGAGCCCAGUGACCCCUGCUCGCUGGACCCUCCUUAAAAAUGAGCUUGAGAGUACGCUUUCAGCCAUCGUCCGUACCAAGUCCCAAGCCUUGACGAGUGCCCGCUUACGGGCCAAACGUCGCCGCACACGACUGUUACUUCGACGCCGCGCCUCUCCGAAUCCCUCGCUUGAGCGAAAACUUGCUGCUGCCACAGUGAGAGAAAGUCAGCUGAACGAGUAUGCAACCAAAGCUUUUGCUUAUAGUGCAAUGGCCAAGAACCGCCUACUUGGGGAAAAACCCACCAAGUGGUUUUACUCUCGCUGCUCCGCCUCCUCACUCUCGAAUGUCUCAGCACUAAAAUCGAGCCGCACCAACACGCUAGUGGAAAAUCCUCAGGAUCUCCCGGCUGUUGCAGCUGACUUUUACAAGUCUCUCUUCGCGGUACGUCUCACAAAUCCCAGCAAGGGUCGCAACUUCAUCGACCUCAUGCCGAAACUCCCGAGGGCUCUGAGCGAAUCCACAUCUGUUCCCAUAACCUCCACUGAGGUGAAAGCUGUACUUAAAGGGGCGGCUACGGGUAAGUCGCCUGGACCAGAUGGUUUGCCAGUUGAGCUUUUUAAAGAAGUUUUCCAGUCUUCUUCGGAUAAUGCAGAAACCCUGUGCGAAGGUUUGGCCCAGCUCUUUAACUCCCUUCUACAGGGGGAACGAGCGGACGAAUCUUUUUCGGUUGGAGUUCUCUCCAUCCUGUACAAAAACAAAGGCUCCCCACAGGACCUUAAAAAUUAUCGACCCCUCACAGUAGCGAAUUCGGAUUACAAGCUGUUCACUGGUAUCUUAGCCAAACGGCUCUGUUCUGCACUCAACGGGGUCGUUGGUCCGCACCAAUACGCCUUCUUGCCAGGAAGGCUAAUUGAUGACAAUAUUCGACUGGUCCAAUCCAUCAUUGACGAAAACCAAGGCUCUGAAACUGAAGGUGUCUACCUUCUCUUCAUUGACCAAGAGAAAGCAUAUGAUCGGGUUGACCACAAAUUCCUCUGGCGGCUGCUGAAACAGGUUGGGCUCCCCGAACCUAUUCGACACGCCAUCAAAGCCCUGUAUGCCAAUGUCAAAUUAAAAGUCAUGGUUAAUGGGUUCGCCAGCAAACCUUUUCCGGUCCGAAGUGGAGUACGGCAGGGAGACCCCCUCAGCUGUAUUCUCUAUGUCCUCUUCCUAGAACCACUUAUCCGGAAAAUACAAACCUCCGAAAUUGAAGGAAUCACCAUCCCAAACUCCGCGCCCAUAAAAGCUGUCUGCUAUGCGGAUGACACCGUGCUGGUCCUUAAAAACCAGACUGAGGUGGAUCUCGCCCGUAGUAUUCUGCAGGAUUUCUGCGAAGGCACCGGCGCACAAAUUAACUGGAAUAAAUCGAGUAUCCUCAAGGUCGGGAAUCCCCCACCAAUUACUAUACCUGAGGUCUCCUUCGUAUCUCCUGAUAACCCGUACUUCCACUUAGGCGUUCCUAUAGGGACGAAUACCGAAGUGCAAAUACAAAACCUCUGGGAUAGCGUACGCCUGACCUUUGAGACCAUUGCCACUCGAUGGUCCAAGGCUCACCUCUCGCUCAAAGGACGAAUCAUGGUGGCGAAUAGCCUCAUGUUCUCCAUCCCUAGAUACCACCUGAAAUUUAUCCCAAUUAGUCCACAGACGCUUUCGUCGCUUGUGAAAAUAUAUUAUGACUUUAUUUGGGACCAAAAAUGGCUACAUAAAAUACACGACCUCCACGCCCUUCUCCCACCGGAAAAGGGUGGCAUUGGCAGUUUUGACCUCAGUUGUGUGAUCGAGGCACUCAGUGCCGAGGCAGUAGCAAAACUUGAAUCUCGCGACGACUUACCUUGGGUGCAAAUCCAACGAAGGCUGUUGGCGAAACUCCACACCCGCACACGGGGCGAAAUCCUCUCUGUCAUAACCCGACCGUGGGUUCAGCGGGUCUCGAGCCGUGAUCUCAAGAUGAGCGAACUUCCCUCGGGCAUCCGUCAUAUGUGGAUUCCUUGGCUCCGCCUUCUUAAAUCUGAUUCGGAUACGAUCUCCAUUGGUCCACCUAAGACCAAGCAGGACGUGCUGAAUAUUAACUUCUGGUACCACCGCGAUCUCACAGUCCGCCCUGGACAAGGCGCGCGUCGCUUCUCCAAUUUCUCGUUUCGAUUUUUGGCGGAGCUAGGUAUCUCCUCAAUCGGAGAGGUCUGGGAUCCAGGGACAAGGACAGUUAUACUGCCGGCUACCCUCCCUGCCUCCAAAACUCAAGCCAUGACACAGGCGAUUACGAAUCUGAUUCGUGACCUUCCUGCGCCUUGGCUAGAACUGCUAAAUGAUACCUCGUUAUAUACCUCCUCCACAAGCGACCAGCUCUGCCUGUCGCUGGGGAGCGGGGAUCAUAAAAAGAUGGCCCCACUACAUAAAUUUCGCUUCCGUGAAAUCUAUCGCCAAUUAGUGAGCCAAAAAACCAAGGAAGUGAACUACGAUGCUCGGGUUCAACCAAUCCUCCAAAUUUACACGAACCAUACCGGUAAACGGGGAAAUUUAGCUAUGAUCUGGCGAGCAGCCAGGCAUGAGUUCCUGACCCCAAAGCAGGGCGAUCUCCUCUGGAGACUCCUGCACGCCAAGGUAAAAAUCGGGCAAGACCUCCACUGGCUCCCUCGUGAGUCUCAGAUCUGCCCUAAUUGUAUUAUACCCUCUUCCAUCGAACACCUCUGGAUAGAGUGCCCUGCGGCACAACACCUUUGGUGUCUGGUACGAACCAUAUGGGACAAGGCCUGGGAUAUCACUGAUCCGAAUACAGCGAAACCGGCCUUCCCCCAAAUUGAAUCCCGACAUGACCUAGCCUGCUGGCUGGCACUCGCGCCCGUAUCUGACCGCUUCCACGCUCGCCGCUGGAAAGUACUUUUCGGAACGGCCGUGUGGUCAAUCUGGAUUUCCUAUCUCCGCUGGAGCUAUAGUGAAGAUCUAACAGCCCUAUUCCCAGCUUCAAUCCGUGCGCUCUUCCUAACGCUGUUGCGCAACCGAUUUCAAGAGGACCGCUUGUUGUCACUUAAUUCGCUCUACACGAAUAAGACCUACAAUGUGGAAGCCUUCAAACUCACUUGGGGACAACCCCCCUCUACCGCUAGGGCUGCUAUUUCCGUCAUGGAAAUUCUGCCACCUACCUCCUAA